AUGAGUAGUUCCCCCGGCAUUGCCUGGGUGGUGGAUGUCACCCCCCUCAAGGUGGCAGCCCCCCGCCCUUCAGCCACGGUCCCAGAGCACCACCAUGCAGCACAACAUCAACAUGCCGCCGAGCGUCGUUCGGCAUAUCUUCACAAGCGUGCGCAGGCCGCCCUGCUACAAAACCGCCGCGUCGCCGAGGCUGCUGAGCAUCAGGAGCAGCGUCGUCAGGACCUGCUUGAUCACUACGAGAUGGCUGUGCGAGACGCGCGCUCUCGCCGUCAACAAUGGCUCAUGGAACGCCAGGAACACUCGGCUCAACAUUUCUCUCACGUCUUGAGCGUACAAAAGCGCGCUGAAGAUCUUGAACAAGAACAUCGCAUUCGCGCCGCACGCAGCCAUCUCGCCAAGAUGCAGCGCUUGCGUGCUGACAGUGGGCCCAGCUCGCUCAACAACUCCAUCAACGGUGGCUCUCUGCUUGAUCACGCCCGUCUGACAGAAGCCGCAUCACCAGCAAGUAAACCUCCUGUGUCAGCGCGUCGCCUUCGUCAGCUGACACGUGCGUGGCGCCUGCGCACCCGCACUGCCGCUUCUGUCCGUGCCUUUGCGGCCACACCCGCUGGCCAGCUUUUUGAACGAGCAGGCAACUAUUCUGCCCCGGCGUCCUUUGAAGAAGUGGCUAGUGCCUUGCACGAGCGCCAGAGCAUGGAACGAUGCAUUCCCCUUGUCAAAAAGCUCAGCCGCUCUCUCGACAACCAGCAAUCGGUGGCCGGUAUCCCCUUGAAGCGAUUGCAUCGCGUCUUCCUGACUUGCCUCAUGAUCACCAUGCGUCCAGAUGAAAUCUUUGACGACGUUGACGAAGACGCUGCAGAGGAACUCGCUGAUCGCGCGCGCAGCCUGGUGGAAGCUGUCCUUACCUGGAUGCACCAUGUCCAAGAGCGCGCACCCUCUGCCGAGACCAAGCCAGCCUUUGCCACUGCCAAGAUGGUCUGGCUCAAUUAUCUCCAUGCCUUCCGUCGCUGGUCGCAACACGAUCGCCAGGAUCUCGUCCAAGGUCUGGUCCAACACCAUGAGGAGCUCUGUCGCCUGCGUGAAACCGUUGCCAAGCGCGAAUCGAUCCAAUCCGGCGAGUGGCAUCCACACAUUGACCAACAGCUGGUCCACAUCGAAGACCGCUUGCAGUCGCUGAAGGCGACUGAGGCCUUUGAACAGUGCAGCGCUGCACGCUGUGAGCUUCAAGCCCAGCAGCACCAACGACAGCUCCAGGAGCGCGCGCGUGAUCGGACGGUGAGCGGCGAGCCCCUGCUGAGCGAUAGCAGUCCUGAGCCUGAGGCAUCAGACCCCCUUCCACCGGAUUUCAAGGAUCUUUGGGAUGUCAGCGUGCUUCAUCGCAUCGCCGUUGAUCCCGACUUUCGCUUUACCGUCGACGAACCCACGCCUGGCCCCGAAAGCAAGGUGGAGGGUGCUGCACCUAGCCCAGCACCCCAGGACAUGGGCCGCGACUUUGAGGCCCGUGCUCGACAUCAAGCUCGCCGUGCCAUUCGCGACGUCGUUCGUGCAGAACUCGAGGCCAUGACCCAGAAGGCUGAACCUCACCCCUGCUCCUGCACCCUAGCCACGCUGGUGCAAUUGCGAGACGACCUGGCUGCCAGUACCCUGCCGCGUCAGACCAAGCUGCGCCAUCAAAUUGAGCAAGCCCUUGACGUCGAUCUUUUGCACCAGCAGCUUCAGCACGGCGCCCUCGAUGAAGCGGCCGUGCGCGAAACGGUGCUGCGCUUUGCUCGCAUGCUCUCAGCACCCAUGCGCGAGCCCAUGUGUGACGCCCUGGCGCGCCAGUCUGACCUGGCCGACUUUUUGCUGGAUGCAUGCGAGCUCACCAAGUGCAUGCGUAUUGACCUGGCCAACUUUAUCGUCGACGCCUAUCGGCCGCUGCUACGACAGCACGCCAUCAUGGCUGAAAAGGAGCGCGUGGAUGCCAUGGAUCAGCGGGGCGAGCUGACCCUGCCCAUGACCAAAGCCUGGCUUUCCGAAGCACCUUCCCAGGAAGAUGCGGCGGCUCAACCUCAUGCGCCCGCUUUGAAUCGCCGAGGCAACGCGAGUUUUGAGACUCUGUUUUACGCUGGCUUUGAAGCCUUGCUCCGCGAUCGCCCGGCCCCUGAGCGCUGGCCUGAAACACUGCAGAUGGAUGCACCGGCGGUUCUGGAAGCGCUGGAUAACUACGAUACCCUCUUGGUCAUUGCCACGCUCUACACGUUGCUUGUGGCGAAAAACGCGUUUCUGAAGGAGGAUGCGGCAUUUGCGAAGCUUUUCAAGGAUCGUGCCGUGGUAUUGUUGCGGGGCGAGGCUGAGAAAUGGGCCAAGGCGGCUGAUGUUGUGCACCAUGUUCCAAGCUGGCAUCAAGCAUCCCAUCAAGUUGAAGAGCGUGCCGUUCAAGUUGCCCAUCUCAGCACUAUUGAUCGCCAACAUCCAGUGGCUCAGUUGCUGCUGCGCCGUGCAGGCGAUGAACUUCGCCGCCACUUCAAUGCCAUGCCUGACUUGGAUGCCAUUGAGAUGAAGCAGAAUACGGGCUUGGAUAUUGUUCACGAUGAUCUCUCACGCACCUUCACGCAGCUGGCGCGCAUUGCUUAUCACAAUAAGGAAGUUUUUGCUGGAGUUUACGACCGCAUCCUGGAUGAAGUGUAUCCCAAGGAAGCCGAAUAUCUCUCCGAGUCGGACGAGAAUGCUUAA